UACAAAUGAUUUCCACUGCGUGCGAUAUGCAUCACAGAUGAUCAAUUAUGGUCGGCCGUUGAACACACUUUCGGAAUGCAGAACAUUGAACAGUAUCCACCGCAUCGUUAGGAUCUCCGCAUAACACGAUUGUCUUUUUAAGUAAAAUGUUUGUUGGUUUCAUGCAGUGCCAAAACUGCUCUACUGGAAAACAAAAAGCGACGUACAAGUCGAAUGUCAAAGAAUUAUGAAAGAAGUUGUUGAGGUUUCGCUCCCAAAUAUAAUCUGCGAUGAAAUUGAAAAUAAUUUGAAGGCAAUUUACACAAAUGACUUAAAUAAAAUUCGAUUUUCUGUCAGAUCAUCGGCUUGCGGCGAAGAUAGCGAAGAUAUGUCUGCAGCGGGUCAAAUGGAAACAUAUCUCGGAAUCUCCGGACUAAAAGAAAUAUUAACUGCAGUUAAGAAGUGUUGGGCAUCGCAAUUUUCGUUUAUAGCUAUAGAGUACAAAAGGCAAAACGGUCAAUUGUUGAACUUGCCGAUGGCAGUCGUUAUCCAAGAAAUGGUAAAUGCCGACGUUGCGGGUGUUAUGUUUACUUGUAAUCCUCUUACUUCUAAUCCAAAACACGUAACGAUAACAGCCAAUUACGGACUAGGAGAGUCUGUAGUGGCUGCCACAGCCGAACCCGAUACCAUUUGUUUAGAGAGAGAUAUAAAUCAGAAAUUAACUGUUAAUAAUAUUAGCAUUGGAAAAAAAAAUACAAUGGUUGUGGUGAGUGAGACGGGUGACGUUGUCGAAGAAGAAAAUACUGAAUUCAAAGAUAAUUGCUGUUUGACCGACGAACAAGCGCUUUAUUUAGGAAAUGUCGGAAUAAUGUUGGAAAAAGAAUUCGGAUCUUGCCGCGAUAUCGAAUGGUGCUUUUCGAAUGACCAGUUGUAUCUUCUUCAGUCGAGACCCAUUACGUCGAUUACAACAGAAACUGAUUACGAAAUCGCUCAUGAGUUUGACUGCAUGUUUCGAGACGAAGAAGAAUAUUUAUCUACGGGAAACCUUGGGGAAGUGUUUCCUGGAGCUAUGAGUCCAUUGUGCAUGUCUUCGAUUCAUAAAUUAUUUUGCUAUAAUUUUUUGAAAUCCAGAUGGAGAAACAUCUUUUCAGCAAACGGACCCGCUUGCCCUUAUUUUCCAAUGAAUAUUCAUUAUUUUAAUGGUCAUGCGUUAUUUAAUGUCAUUGACGGAUGGCUAAGUAAUUCGUACGAGAAAGGUUCUACUUUGAAUAAAGCGCCGAUGUUGGCAUCCAUCGGAAGAACUAUCGAAGACGACGAAUUAUACGAAAGAGCAAAGGAAAGAUUUUCACUUUAUAAAAAGAAAUUCUCAUUUACACAAAUUCGCACUGUGCUAUUUUAUUAUAAGACUAUUCUAACUGCCGAAGGUGCUUUAGAAGCGAGAAAAAGGAAAUAUUUCAAUUAUAAAAUUAAAGACUUGCAGAACUUCAAAUCGUCUUUAGAAUUAUAUCAAGAUAUGCAUCGUCACUGGAAAUAUAUUUGCGAAGGUACUAACAGCAAUACCGAAGUUUUGAUAUAUUCUGCCAUGUACAAUACAAAUUUAAUGUCGCUUCUGGUUAAGGAACACGGAGGAUGGAAUAACGACGUGUACUCGGAUUUUGCAAAUUUAUUAUCGAAUUGCUCAGAUGUCGAGAGCGCCGACGUUCCUCAGUCCUUAGAGGCAUUGGCUCGUACUAUCUCCAAAGAAAUCCAACCGACAACAUUUAAAGCUAUGAAAACAGAAGACGCAUUAAAAUGGCUUCAGACGUCGUCGUCGAAAUCAGCGGAAGAUUUCAAAAAUUUUCUCGAUAUUCACGGGCAUAGAUCUAUAAAAGAGUUCGAUCCAUAUUCGAUCCCUUGGAGAAAGAAUCAACAUAAAUUAGUCCAGACUUUACAGGAUAUCGUGAAUAACGUAAAGAAUACUAAAUCAUCUGCCCGUGGCAACGUUCUAGACAAAUUGAAGAAAUACCCGAGUUGGAAAUCCAGGCUCUUCUUGAAAUUUCUGCUACCGAGGUGUCAACAGGGCGUUAGACUGAGGGAGAGAGCGAAAUCGUUUAUGAUAAAGAUGUUCGACUCGAACCGUGAAGCGUAUUGGCAUUUGGCAGAAUUGAUGGUUCUGGAAGGAAGACUUCCGCACAGAGACCUUCUGUUUUUCUUGUCGCAUGACGAAAUUGGAGAGCUGAUAAAAACGCGUUCUUCGAAAUUAAUUUCCAAGGCGAUCCGUCGAAAGAAGAUUCACGCUGAGCAGGAGAAAAUUAUUUAUCCGGAAGUUAUGCGUGGCAUACCCCAACCCAUUAAUUUAGGAUCUUCAGACAUCACCUACAAAUCCGAGGCCAUCAUGAAAGGAAUUCCGGUCAGUUGCGGAAUGGUUAAAGGUCCUGCCAGAGUGAUCCUCAACGUGGAAGAAGCAGUCGACAUUCGACCGGGAGACAUUUUAAUCACGUACAGCACGGACAUUGGCUGGAGCCCGUAUUUCCCUCUUUUGGCCGGAAUAGUAACUGAAAUCGGAGGACUGAUUUCACACGGAGCCGUCGUGGCUCGAGAGUACGGACUUCCGUGCGUUGUGGCUGCUCACGGAGCUAUGAAAGUCUUCCAGACAGGAGACAUUAUCGUUUUAAACGGCGAUGAAGGAACCAUUUGUAAAAUGAAAGAAGCUGAUGUCAAUGGAGGAGAGCGCCUCUAGAAACCUUCCCCUUCUGUCACUUUCUGCAGAAUUCCGCUAUUUCC